AUGACAAUUGGCACUUGGCAUUGCCCAAAACGGACAGAUUCAUCGAAGAGAAAAGCUCAAGGGAAGCAAAGGCGCGUGUGGUAGUCGUUGGGUGGGCGACGGGGCAUGCCGACCGCCGCCGCCGUACAACCUCGGGUACUGCUCUUCCCGCGGCUCCGACCUCCUCCUCCUCCGCCCCUCCCGCCGCUCGUUAUCCGAGGGAGCUUCCUUCAGUUCCGGCUCUCUCCGUCAAGGCUUCGAUCCAGGCCUCGCCCACUUGUCCUCGUCGCCGCAUCCACUGGGUCAUCCUUCGAUGACAUCGAUUCCCACAGCAGCUCCUCCAAGAAUUCCAUCAUCCUAAAUUUGGUUCAAGAGAUAGAGCCUUUGGAUGUGAGCCUUAUUCAAAAGGAUGUUCCUGCCAAUACAGUGGAUGCAAUGAAGAGGACUAUUUCAGGCAUGCUUGGUUUACUACCAUCUGAUCAAUUUCAAGUCCAUAUAGAAGCCUUAUGGGAACCACUUUUCAAGUUACUCAUUUCUUCUAUGAAGACAGGGUACACUCUGCGCAGUGCUGAAUAUAGACUAUACCUUGAAAGAAAUCUAGAUACCAUUGAAGGCGACACUGAAAAAGAAAAGACAUCAACUUUGGAGGAAAAUAACUCUGAGAUUUCAUUUGAUAGGUCUUCAAAAAUAUCUAGUUCUCCUGGAAGAAUCAAUGUUCAUCAAAAUCAUGAAAAAAAAGAUCAAGCAUCACCCACAGAUAUCAAUAUCAGCAACCUUGGGGAGUUAACAACUGAAGUUCAAGAAUUCAUAUCCUCCCUGCAAUCUCAUAUAAAUCUUGUAGAAAAGGAGCUGCAUGACAUGAAAAGGAGAAAUUCUGCCUUGCACAUGCAACAGUUUGUUGGAGAGGAAAAAAAUGAUUUGUUGGACUAUCUCAGAUCCUUGCAACCUGAGAAGGUUGCUGAACUUUCAGAACCAACUUGUCCUGGUGUAGAAGAGGCAAUCAAUUCAGUUGUGCACGGCCUCCUUGCAAUUCUUUCUCCAAAGAUGCAUUCCAAACCCCCUGAUCCCUCUGACAAUCCAACAGGUGGAACCUUAGGAGUUGGUAAAGAUGACUGUGAAGAACUUGUCGAGAACACUUCCAUACAAUUUCAGCCCCUUAUAUCUGUCCCCCGGGAUUAUCUUGCACGUCUUCUAUUCUGGUGCAUGCUAUUGGGUCACCACAUCAGAGGCCUCGAAUACCGUCUUGAGCUGAUGGAACUUCUGACAGUCUCGGCUGAGACACAAACUGUAUGGCAAGAAGACGAUUCAGUUGCUUAACAUUGCUUAUUUGGUUCAGUAGAGAAGAACAUAUGAUGGAAGUAUUCAUGAACCCUUGAGUAGCCGAGGUAACUCACUGUGGUUAAGCAUGCGCAAGUUCAUUAUGCUACAGCAGCAACCAUUUGGAAAUUGAAGAUGGUCUCUGGAUUUGGUGGUUCUAGGAAUGUGUUUGUCAAAUAUCAACCUUUGUAAUUUUGAUUUCCAUUCUCAAAGUUAAGUGUCAUCUGUUCAUUUCAUUUUAUUUGUACUGUGUUCUUAUUUGUUGCAAAUUAUAGUGAUGAUGUUUUUUGAA